CGUAAUGAUUGUCAUAUGCAAUGUUAAAUACAAUCAUAUGUAGACAUUGUGGAAUUGCAACUUUCUUUGCAAUUGGCCUUACGAAACGGCGCAGUCAAGUGAAUAUCCAAGUGAAGUUAACUCAUCAAAUCGAACACGAGCAAGUUAUAGAAAUGGCCCUAAAUACAUCGUCAUGGCUGAAUCAAUGCUUUGUGGAGAAGAUCCUGCGAAAGUCGGAAAGCGACGAUUCGAUUCAGGUGAUCGAUGUAUUCUCGAAUCCGGGCUCGAAGAAGGGUGACAACUAUCUCUGCGAUAUGAUCAGAAUCACUGCUGAAUUUUCGCGUGAACAAAACGGUCGUAAAAUUAUGGAAAAGAAAUCAAUCAUCUUUAAAGUUUCGCCUACAUUUGGAAGUGUUCGAUACAAUAUUGUAAGUUGAUUUAAUUUAUA